AUGGACUCGAAAUUGGAGAUAGUGAGGUCGAUUGAGUCAGCUCUGGGUGUGUCCUUGGGGGAGAAUGGGAACCAAGUUUUGGUGGUCGUGACUACCUCGGUGGCGGUGAUCGUAGGUUUGUUAGUGUUUUUAUGGAAGAGAUCGAGUGAUAAAGGACCGGUAAACAAGACGGUUGUGGUUCCCAAGGCGGUGCCGGCUAUGAUGGAGGAGGAAGAGGAGGAACUGGACCCUACUAAGGUUAAAGUCACCGUCUUCUUCGGCACUCAAACUGGUACAGCUGAAGGUUUUGCUAAGGCGUUAUCUGAGGAGAUCAAGGCUCGAUAUGAGAAGGCAGUUGUGAAAGUUGUUGACCUGGAUGACUAUGCUGCAGAUGAUGAUCAGUAUGAGCAAAAGCUGAAGAAGGAGACACUGGCAUUCUUCAUGGUGGCAACUUAUGGUGAUGGGGAGCCAACUGACAAUGCUGCAAGAUUUUACAAAUGGUUUACAGAGGGAAGAGAGAAGGAACCCUGGCUUCAGCAGCUUAAAUAUGGUGUUUUUGGUCUUGGUAAUCGUCAGUAUGAGCAUUUCAAUAAGAUUGCGGUGGUGAUCGAUGAACAUUUUAGCGAAUAUGGUGCCAAACGGCUUGUUCCGGUUGGUCUGGGUGAUGAUGAUCAGUGUAUCGAGGAUGACUUUGCUGCUUGGAGGGAACAACUGUGGCCUGAGUUAGACCAGUUACUCAGAGAUGAAGAUGACACUACUUCUGCAGCUACCCCAUAUACUGCUACAAUUCUUGAAUAUAGAGUAAUUGUCCAUGAUUCUGAGGCUACAUCUUUUGAGGAUAAGCACUUCAACAUGGCUAAUGGCAACACAUCAUAUGAUAUUCAUCAUCCAUGCAUAGUUAAUGUCGCUGUUCAAAGAGAGUUACAUACUCCUGAAUCUGAUCGCUCUUGCAUCCAUUUGGAGUUUGAUAUAUCUGGCACUGGCAUUAAUUAUGAAACCGGAGACCAUGUGGGGGUUUAUGCUGAAAAUAUUGAUGAGAGUGUUGAAGAGGCCGCGAAAUUGCUGGGCCAGCCUUUAGAUUUAGUAUUUUCUAUCCACGCUGACAAGGAAGAUGGUACUCCAAUUGGAGGCCUGCCACCUCCUUUUCCAGGACCUUGUUCUCUUCGUACGGCUCUUGCUCGCUAUGCUGAUCUUCUGAAUUCUCCUCGAAAGGCUUCUUUGGUUGCAUUGGCUGCGUAUGCAAGUGAACCUAGCGAAGCAGAGAGACUGAAAUUCUUAGCAUCUCCUCAGGGGAAGGAUGAAUACUCACAGUGGGUCGUCGCAAGUCAGAGGAGUCUGCUGGAGGUUAUGGCUGAGUUUCCCUCUGCAAAACCUCCUCUUGGUGUGUUUUUUGCUGCUAUCUCGCCUCGUCUGCCACCGCGUUACUAUUCCAUCUCAUCUUCCCCAAGAUUUGUGCCAAAUAGAGUUCAUGUAACUUGUGCGUUGGUUUAUGGUCCCACUCCAACUGGACGUAUUCACAAGGGAGUAUGUUCAACCUGGAUGAAGAAUGCUGUGCCAUCUGAAAGAAGCCAUGAGUGCAGCAAGGCUCCUAUUUUUAUCAGAUCUUCUAAUUUUAAAUUACCUGCUGAUCCUUCUAUUCCAAUUAUCAUGGUCGGUCCUGGGACAGGCUUGGCUCCAUUUAGAGGAUUUUUACAAGAGAGACUGGUCCUGAAAGAAGAGGGCGCCGAGCUUGGUCCUGCUUUAUUAUUCUUCGGUUGCAGAAACCGCAGGAUGGAUUUCAUUUACGAGGACGAGCUUAAUGGUUUUGUGGACCAAGGUGUAAUAUCGGAGCUUAUUGUUGCAUUUUCUCGUGAGGGGCCACAGAAGGAGUAUGUGCAACAUAAGAUGAUGGACAAGGCUGCCCAGUUGUGGAGUUUUAUCUCCCAAGGGGCUUACCUUUAUGUAUGUGGGGAUGCUAAAGGAAUGGCAAAGGAUGUGCAUCGUGCUCUGCAUACCAUGGUUCAAGAGCAGGACAAUGUGGAGUCCUCGAAGGCUGAGGCCUUUGUGAAGAAAUUACAGAUGGAUGGACGGUAUCUCAGGGAUGUGUGGUAA